AAGAGUUGGAAAAAAAAUGUUCAAUUUUUUAUUUACUUGGUUAAGAAAAACUCAUCAUCCGAAUACGAUUCAAGUUAACUGAUCUUAAUCCAACCGGUCAAAAUCCGACCCGAACCAAAGGACAAGAAGUUAAACACAAGUUAUACUCCGUACAACACAUUACACAUCUAACACAAGUGAAUAAGUGAAGUCGUCAAAAUAAAUUCAAGUCAGAAAAACUCACGUCGCCGGCAAUGGCUCCGAUUGCUUCCAAGCUCUAUACUGACGAUGUAAGUUUGGUGGUACUAUUGCUCGACACCAAUCCAUAUUUCUGGACUUCAUCUUCUAUCUCCUUCUCCCAUUUCCUUUCUCACAUUCUCUCAUUUAUCAAUUCAAUUUUGCUGCUCAAUCAGCUGAACCAAGUUGUGAUCAUUGCGACAGGACACAAUACUUGUGGUUACAUUUACGAUUCGUCGUUAUCGUCGGUUUCGUCGUCGAUUUCUUCCAAUCAGAGCUCGGAUGAUGCUAAAAUGCCGGCUUUUUGCUCGGAAGUGCUCAAGAAUUUGGAGGAUUUUGUGAGUAAUGAUGAGAGUUUGAGCUCUGUUGGUGCUGCUAAUGGCGUGGGUUCCUCACUUUUAUCGGGUUCCCUGUCCAUGGCUCUUUGUUAUGUUCAGCGUGUUUUUCGAUCCGGGCCGCUUCAUCCUCAGCCAAGGAUAUUAUGCUUGCAUGGAUCCCCCGAUGGACCUGAGCAAUAUGUUGCUGUGAUGAAUUCUAUCUUUUCAGCUCAGCGUUCCAUGGUCCCAAUUGAUUCUUGUGUUAUAGGAGCACAGCACUCUGCCUUCUUGCAGCAGGCGUCUUAUAUUACUGGCGGGGUCUAUUUGAAACCUCAACAACUUGAAGGGCUAUUUCAGUAUCUUUCUACUGUUUUUGCUACUGACUUGCACUCGAGGAACUUCAUACAACUUCCUAAACCUGUAGGCGUUGAUUUCCGUGCCUCGUGUUUUUGCCACAAAAACACGAUAGAUAUGGGUUACAUAUGUUCAGUAUGCUUGUCUAUAUUCUGUAUGCACCACAAGAAAUGUUCUACGUGUGGGUCAGUUUAUGGCCGAGCCCAGUCAGAUGCAUCAUCAGUAUCAGGUCAGAAGAGAAAAGAUCCAUCAUGACACACAUGUUCGGUAUUUCAGCUCAAACUUUUACUCUGCACAAAUGAUGGGUUUCAAACUUGCGGCAGUAUGCUUACGUGGCUCCAUGAAGCUUCGUUUACGAGAGUCGAAAAACUGUUAAGCAUGGUCCAUUCUGUUAUUCCUGGCAUAAGCAAAUAUGAAAUUAUACCAGGAUCAUUACACAGAUUUUCUGAUACUGCAAUUUCUUCUGGUUAAGCCUAGUUGGUUAGAUUAUGUGUUUUUUCCCCUUAUAGUUCUUUGGUUAUAAAUCAUAUACUGUAUUUCUUUGUAGCCUUUCAUUAGUAUCAGAUAACUCAGUUAAUUGUUUUGAAGAGUGAUAAUAACAGCAGAUGUUGCUAUGUUUUGGAUAACUUUACGUCUCUUUUAGUACAAUGUUCUUUCCAAAGACUAGGUUUGUAUUUAAACACGCUUAAUUAAAAAAGAUCUGACAAAUAUCUAGCUGGAUAA